AUGUCUCCAGAAGAGAAAAGUAACGAACCAGGUGAGUGGAGUUUAUCAGUUGAUGGUUCAUCCAAUGUCAAAGGCAGUGGUGCUGGAGUGAUUUUAGAGGGGUCAGGAGGCGUAACAAUUGAACAAUCACUCAAGUUUGAUUUUAAAGCGAGUAACAAUCAGGCAGAGUAUGAGGCUAUAAUCGCAGGGUUAAGAUUGACGAUCGAAAUGGGCGUACAAAACAUCAGAAUCAAAACAGAUUCGCAGAUAGUUUCAAGACAGAUUCAGGGAGAAUAUCAAGCCAAAGAUGCACAAUGGGCCAAGUAUUUAGUGAAGGCUCAAAAUCUGAUGAAGCAGGUGGACAAAGUGCAGAUUAAUCAUGUUCCGCGAGAGAAGAAUACAAGGGCUGACAUAUUGUCAAAGUUAGCAAGUACCAAAAAGCCAGGGAAUAACAAAUCAGUGAUCCAUGAAGUUUUGAAUAGCCAAAGUGUUGAAAAUGAUGAAAUUAUGGCAAUUCCGAUGGCAAUAGAUCAAGAUUGGAUGGGCCGAAUCAAGUUGUGUUUGGAGGCGAAAGGAACUGUUCUGCUUAUGUUUACUAAAGAUCAAAUUCGGGAAGCAAGUCAUCAUACCCUUUUGGGCGAUCAAUUGUACAGGAGAGGAGUAGGAGUUCCCUUGCUGAGAUGUGUUUCCAAGGAAGAGGCUGAAAGAAUUAUGUUUGAAGUACAUGAGGGAGUGUGUGCAAGUCACAUAGGUGGAAGAUCUUUGGCAGCGAAAGUGCUAAGAGUAGGAUUUUACUGGCCAACUCUAAGGUCAGAUUGUAUGGAAUAUGCGAAAAAGUGUGAAAAAUGCCAGAUAUAUGCAGAUUUACAUAGAGCACCGCCUGAAGUUUUAAGUUCAAUGAGUUCAUCAUGGCCAUUUGCAAUGUGGGGCAUAGAUAUCUUGGGACCUUUCACUCCAGCAGGGUCACAAGUUAAAUUCGUUUUAGUUGCAGUGGAUUAUUUUACUAAAUGGAUUGAGGCAGAGUCAUUGGCGAAGAUAACAGUAGAAAAAGUCAAGAAGUUUUAUUGGAGAAAGUUAAUUUGUAGAUUUGGUGUACCGACUACAAUUAUUUAA